GCCUGCGAAUGCUUCCACUUAAACGACCAAAGCGACUGUCUUCAAAUAGCGAUCGCAAAGACGCCUCGGACCAACAAGCUGCCAGGUGAUGGCCGGGCCUUUGGAUACCAGACAUUCCUUCCUGAAUUCUCAUGGAGGCCCGGGAGCACGAAAGCGGCAUGAUUUCCAAGGUACCCAUCCAGUCGCCCCACUGCGGUCGAGCUCCAUGCCGAGCAUGAACCUUCCAGCCGGGCAUUCCAAAAAGCUGGGAAACAACCUUAGCUUUCAGGCCUAUGCCAAUUUGCGAGCUCCGUUUGUGGCGCGUCGAGAUGUGCCGAUCCUCCCGAAGAACCCCAGGGCUGUCGAGCGGGAGGCGUACAAGGCACGAGUCGAGGAGGUGUGGGUCAUGCCUGAGAAGCUCCGUCCAGAGUCAUUGCCCCCUGCUGGGCAGUUCAAGGAGCGGCGGACCGGAAAACGCCUGGUGGCAGAGAACACCAACACCCUGAGCCAUGUGGACACCUUGAUUUGGGACAGUGACAUUGAUGGGAGCGAUGGCAUUCUGAACCAAGCGAGCUCAGUCAUCUACAAAGGAGCAGCAGGGCUCAACGCCAAGGCUGAGCGCACGCCCAUCUAUGGGCAUUUGCCUCCAAAGUGCUACCGAACCUUUGGACACGAACCGUACGAAAUUCAAUGAUGGCCGAGAGUCGCGUGUAGGACAGCGCUGCUCAGUAAUGGCUGAGCAGGAUGGCAUCUGCGCGGUGAAACCGCGCCCCAAACGGGAAUGCGAAUUGGAAGUGAGAAAGCAAC